AUGGAUCCUCAGCCUGAAAUCUUCAAUUUAGAAGAUUUUACUUCAUCAAGUCCAGAGACUGAUCCCAAUGUCGAGGGCAUUCCUGUACAACUCACAAAUUCAAAAAGCCAUUCUCUCCAGACAUCAAAAAUUGAAUAUAUUGAUGACUUACCAGAGUAUCCGACAAGUCAUAUUCAUGGAUAUUCAUAUGUUGUUGCAUCUAGAGGGCGAUCACAGAAUGAAAUGGAGCAGCUUGUUCAUGAGAUUCAAUACUCACGGCGUCAACAACAUGGACCAAGGAGACCAGUCAAAUGCCCAUUUUUCAACUGUUUAGUUAAAAGAUGGACUUGGAAAUGCUCUGGUAUCUACGCAUGUGAAUUUUUGAAUCCAUUUCUUCAAUCCUAUCAUCAUACAUUUGUUGAUGAGGAUUGUUGGGAUGUGAUUCGAAAUACUCAGAGGAAUAUCCAAAUCCUGGAGGCAAAUAUUGGAAAACGAAAUGCAUACAGCUAUUAUCGGUCAAAAAAUGAAUUUUUCAAUAAGGGUUAUGCAUGCAUUGACCAGCUUCCAACUUGCAAGCCAGUUUUUAAGCGGCAUACCCAAAUGAAUGUCCAUGGUGAAUUUCCACCAUAUAUUGGCUGUAGUAAUGGAUCCAAUGAGUUUUUAACAAAACAUCAUCGAGGAUCUAUUCAAGGCCAUACAUCAAUUGAUCUACAGUUCCUUGAGGACCUUUUUAAUCAUGAUAUUAUGCCACCAACUGAAGAAUGUGGUGUUUUUGAAUCAUUAGCAUCCCGACGAAAGUAUUGCGAUCGAGAUCACCUUCAGGGGCCAGGCAGACUACAGCAUACUUCCUGUGGUGUUAUUUUUACUGCUUUAGUGCCAGUUGAUAUCAAUGAAUGUCCAUAUAUCCUCUUUACAUCCCAUGGAAUUCACCAGCAUCCACCUCCACCACCAAGCAAGGCACCAGAACGAAUUUUACAAGGGGUUAAAAGGAUUAUCCAACAAAUACAAGACCCGAGUUUGACCACAGCACAAUUUCUUCGAAGUCCACAACUAGAGGCAUUUUGUCAGCAGUAUGGUGCUUCUACAUUAGCAGAGAUCCACUCUAGCUUCUGUAAUAAAGACCGAAUUGCAACAAUUAUCCAGAAACAACGACUUCUUUCAUACCCUAAUGGACAGGAUAUUAAUGGGUUGCUAUUCCUACAGAACCGGGAUUCGCUAAUCAAUGAAUACAUUCAAGAGAAAUAUCAUGAUUCUCAAGGUACAAUGAUCAUGGACCCCUUUCAAGAACUCCGAAACGAAUUUUCUUCUACGAUCCGCGCCCUCCAGAAUGAAAUCGAAUCCGUCAAAAAUGAACCCAAACCACUUCAACGACCAAAGCCAUGCCUCCCUGAUCCCGAGAAAUUCAAUGGCCAAUCUUUGAAGUUUGAUACCUGGCUUGCUUCGAUGAAGGCUAAGCUUAGGAUUGAUGCUCCAGCUAUUGGUGAUGCAGUGGCUCAGUUCUACUAUGUCUAUCUGAAUCUGGAAAGCAAGUCCAAGCUCUAG